AUGCCGGACUCUAUCACCGACGAAAAGUCGGUAAUCAACGACGAGCAAUGGCAUGAACCACUCCGUGCCGACAUCUCUCUACCAGACGACGAUGCGCAGCGCAGCAACGCAACAAUGGGAAGACGGUCAUGGUCAAAUCGCCUCCAAGCGCUAUCGCAAAUACUGGACCAUGCAACCGAUAGUGACGAGCCUACACCCGAAUGCGACAGAAUUGUACAAGCGCACCUCGACGCUCUUGAAUCAAUCUUUCGUAACCCACGGCGGGAGCUGACUGGGGAAAACUCAGGGCAAUCGCCGCCGGUCCCUGGCAAUGGCAUUUGGAAAGACUCGACUGAUCAAGACGCAACGAUCCAAACAACAGUCUCUAUGCAGACCGGUCGUCAUGAUCAUACCGCGACUCUGGCGCAUUUGACGCAUCUACUCAGCGAACUCACCUUGCUGAACGCAGAAGUGGAGCGACGACGCAACGAAGCCCGCGAAAUCCGCGAAAGAUAUGAAGAGAGAUGCCGUGGGCUGACCCGAAAUGUCGCCGAACUAGAAGAAGAAAUAUCGGAAUUACAUUCUGAUCUCAUCGAGGAUGCAAUCGAUCUCGAGUGCCUACAGGGCACGGUGAAGGGACUGCAUGAAUGGACCGACCGAGCACAUGACGAGCAGGAAAGGAAUCGAGCAUUGAGAGUCGAUCUUACAUCACACCACAGCCCUCGACGGUCUUGGAUGGGCCGUAAGGAUAAGGGAGGUCGAAGGGACAGAGACCGAGAUGCUGAGAUGGACUGCGAGAAGAUACUGGAAGGAAUCGCUGCUUGGAUGCGCGGGUGGAGGGACGUCGAGGAGGAAUUUCAAAUACGAGCGCGAGCUCGACGGAUGAGGAGAGAUCAAAGGCAGGAACAUCUCAUCCGAGCCGCGGAGAUGUCUGUCUCACUAGGAAACGAGUCUGGUCACGCGUCCUCCCAUUCGAAGAGUGCGCCCAGGUCUCGCGUUCGACUUGAGGUCGAAGAAAUGCCCAGAGGUCUCGUGCGCAGCAACGAAAACGCUUUACCAACAGCAUCAAGUCACGUUUAUAUCUCUUCAUUCCGCGAAAUCAAGGAGGAUGCGACUUCGUUUCGCAUCUAG